CUCAGACCUUUGAGGGGAGACAUAGAAGAGAGGUGGCAUUUGUCCACACACUGAUUUAUACACAUUGAUCAUCAACACACAAUUAUUCACACAAACCUUGUUAGAAUGAGUUCAGCAUCUGAACCUGUGGUUGGAAGCAGUAGAUCCUUGCUUGCUGCCAAAAGACAUAGGACUGUACGGAAGAACUCAAGAAGGAUUUAUUCUGCUUACCGAGACCACCAGCAGGGCUCAUCGGAUGAAGAAGGUGGAGAUGAUAAGGAAGUGGACAGCAAUGACCCUGAAGAAAUGUUCCAGAACAUUCAGUACCAAAAAGAGAUCAUCGCCAACAUUCGCUCCAGACCCUGGCCAAUGAGACGCAAGCUCAAAGUUUUAAAGCAGGCUCGAGAGAUUGUCCUAAAGUAUGAAGGCCAGCUGACGAGAACAAGAGGUUAUCAGACCGCCGGAGCUGAUCUGCUGAAAAAACUUUACCGUGUGCUUUACAACAUUGUUGUUACAUUCAUUCCGUGGGAAGUGAGGAUCAAAAAAAUUGAAAGUCACUUUGGAUCAGGCGUGGCCUCCUAUUUUAUCUUUCUUCGCUGGUUGUUUGGGAUAAACAUCGUCCUCACCAUCAUGACAGGAUCUUUUGUGGUCCUACCAGAGCUGUUGGCUGGAGCUCCAUUUGGAACAACAAGAAGUAAAACUAUCCCCAAAGAGCAUCUUGCUUCAGCCCAAGACUUGGACACCAUCUGGUCUCUUGGGGGUUACCUGCAGUACUCUGUUUUAUUCUAUGGUUAUUAUGGCAGCGUGAGGAAGAUUGGCAGUGCUGGCUACCGGCUGCCACUUGCAUACUUCCUUGUUGGGAUGGCUGUUUUUGCCUACAGUUUCAUCAUCCUGUUACGCAAAAUGGCAAAGAACUCUCGUCUGAGUCUGGCCAGUGCUUCUGAUGAAAACUUCACGUUCUGUUGGAGAGUUUUCUGUGCCUGGGAUUACCUGAUUGGUAACCCGGAAGCUGCAGAGUGCAAAGGGGCUGCAAUCGUUAACAACAUCAGGGAAGCAAUUGUUGAAGAACAAGAAAAGAAGAAGGAUACAAGCCUGGCAGUUCUCAUCAGUCUGCGUAUUUUAGCCAAUAUCCUGGUUUUGCUGUCACUAGCUGGGAGCAUCUACAUCAUCUAUUUUGUUGUAGACCGAUCCCAGAAACUGGAGCAGGAAAAGCCAGAGCUGACGUUGUGGGAGAAGAAUGAGGUGAGUGUGGUGGUCUCGCUCAUCACUAUGAUUGCCCCUUCUGCUUUUGAGCUGGUUGCACAGCUGGAGAUGUAUCACCCAAGAACCUCCCUGAGAUUCCAGCUGGCCAGAGUCCUUGUUCUAUAUCUGGGAAACCUCUACAGCCUCAUUAUUGCCCUCUUGGAUAAAGUCAACAGUAUGAGCUCUGCUCCUCAUGUGAGUUCAAGUAACUGGACUAACACCAGCUCCACCAUAUCCAGUCUCUCUGCCCAAGUAUCAAGGAUCUCUGUGUCUGAGCAUCACAACAGUACCAUGGCAACCAUCAGCACAGCAAUCAACUUCAUCCACAACAGGAGCAGCUUGAUUACUGCAUCCAACCAGACAAUUCCUUUUGAGAAAAAUGCACGAUCUCAACAGGACCAGUGCUGGGAGACCUAUGUUGGACAGGAGAUGUUGAAGCUUUCUAUUAUUGACAUGAUCUUCACAGUGGCCAGCAUCUUGCUCAUUGACUUUAUCAGGGGUCUGGUGGUUCGGUAUCUGAGUGACUGCUGCUGCUGGGACUUAGAAAGCAAGUUUCCUGAAUAUGGAGAAUUUAAAAUAGCUGAAAAUGUCCUACACUUGAUCUACAACCAAGGAAUGAUCUGGAUGGGAGCCUUUUUCUCUCCAUGCCUCCCUGCCUUUAAUGUGUUGAAACUGAUUGGUCUCAUGUAUCUAAGGAGCUGGGCUGUCCUCACUUGUAAUGUUCCUCAUCAGCAGGUUUUCCGGGCUUCCAGAUCAAAUAAUUUCUACUUGGCUAUGCUACUUUUCAUGCUGUUCCUGUGUAUGCUCCCCACCAUCUUUGCCAUUGUGCGAUAUAGACCAUCGGAACACUGUGGACCAUUCAGUGGCCAGGAGAAGAUUUAUGACAUCAUCUCAGAUACAGUGGCAUCAGACUUCCCACUUUGGUUCAGUAAAGUGAUGAGUUAUGUCACCAGCCCUGUUGUGGUGCUGCCAGCAGUGCUACUGCUAUUUAUGCUGAUAUAUUAUCUUCAAGCAAUUGCCAGAUCCCUAAAAUUUACUAACAACCAACUGAGGAUUCAGCUCCAGACUGAGCGGACAGAAGACAAGAAAAAAGUAUUUCAGAUGGCUGCAGCAAGGCUGCAAGUCCCAGAGGCCUCAGCUGACAAAAACCCAGAUCAGCAGGAAAGUGACAUCCCAAGCCAGGAAGCUUCCAUACACACCUCAUCUCCCCAGCAAAAUGGCAGCAUUACAAACGUUCAGUCUCCUAUUAAUCGUAGUAACAGCAUCCGUACCAUCACCCAAUCAGCUUCUGGAGCUGACCUGAAUGAAGGAUGUGUGUCUGGAUCUGUCAGAAGUCCAGCUGUGAUCGUACUACCCAAACACCAGGUGGAACACUUACCGAACAGCAGACCUCAACAUUUCAUUGGUGGCCGAAGUGGUUCCUGCAGAUCCAAGUCUUGUCACCACAUGGCAUAUAAUCCGCCAUCUGACCUUUCUAAUGCAAUCCACACUGACCCCUUGUACAGGAAAACCAUUCGUUCUCUACACCCUGUUGAGGCUGCUGGAAUCAUUGCUGCACAAAAUUAUGGGGGGCGCUGUGGUCCUACUACCCGCUAUGUGAUUGUUAAUGAGCACAGGCCCCGUAAGAAGCUACUGUGCUCAACCACACGAAUCCCAAGGCACUAUCUCAUGGAGGAGCCCAGAGAGAUCCUAGAGCUAUACCAGCGCAACAUAAAACACUACACACCUCGCACCAUUCACCAACAACAUCCCCCCCGCUCCCACACAUCACAGCAGCUCAGGAAAGAGGAGGAAGAAACUGGAAAAGACAGGAAAAGGACUUCUCUAGGCAAAAGCCUUCGGCCUUGUUCCUUGCCUGACCACCACCAACAAGCGCACUUCUAUAUUGGUGAAAGGUUAGAUAGUUUUAGAGAAAGUCAGAGAGCAAGGUAUGAGAUGCAAGAAGAUGAUGAAGAGGAAGCUGGUAAAGAAGGAAUUGACUGGGGAGAUUUCAAUUUACCGUCUCCAUCUCAAACCAGUGUAAAAGAAAAAGAAUCUUCUCACACACAAAGGCAACCUGUCCAUUCUCCAAGGAGACAAUAUCAGUCCCCCACCAGAACCAGACACAUGGGGUCUCAAUUAAAGCCCAAGUUAAGGGGUCAGCUUGAAACUCAUUUGACUGAAUCUGACUCGGCCUCCAUAGCAUCCAGCAGUGACCAACAAAACAGCAGCACUGAUCAAUAUAUUCAUGUCAUCCACAGCAAAGAGCGCCAUCUUGGAUCUGAUGUCAGGCAAGAAAAGAUGUCCAAAAAGAAACCCAAGACAAACUUUGAUCUAAACUACACAGAAUCAAAUGACUUGAUCUGUUCCAAUGUGUAACACUUUUUUUUGUCAAAUUUAAAUUUUGUUUGUUAAUUAUUAUGUAUAUCCUACUUGUUAAACUGCAACUACAAAUAGUAAAAAAAUAAUAAUUCUCCAUUGGUUGCUAUAAACAUGUAUGUGCAUAAAAGAUCUGUAACAUACAAUUACAUGGGUUAUUACAACAAUGUGAAGUAACAGGUUUUGUUUGAGCUUGCUCUAAAAAUAUUAAGUUCUGUUAAAUAAAAUCGGUGUCUUCUUUGGUGA